GAAGAGCCCUUUGGCCAGCCGCUUGGUCCGAGGGGUCCGGUGAUUCUUGAGAAAUUUGUCCGUGGUGAGUGUGAUUGUGGGGUCGCAGUGGUUUCGUGAUGGCGAGCAAGUCGGAGCGCGAGAGGCAGAAGCAGAUACAGGACAAGUGUCAGGCCAUUCUGGGCCAACUUCUUCGGGAAGAGGACAACAAGUACUGCGUUGACUGCGAUGCUAAAGGUCCACGAUGGGCCUCUUGGAACCUGGGUAUGUUCCUUUGUAUCCGCUGUGCGGGUAUACAUCGUAACCUCGGUGUCCACAUAUCGCGGGUCAAGUCUGUCAACCUAGACACCUGGACUCCUGAGCAAGUGGCUUGCCUCCAGCAGAUGGGCAACAGCAAAGGAAGAGCGGUGUAUGAAGCUAACCUGCCAGACAACUUUAGACGUCCUCAGACAGACUCGUCCCUGGAGGCCUUCAUCCGUUCAAAGUAUGAGCAGAAAAAGUACAUAGCCAAAGAGUGGGUGCCACCUCCCAUGCCACCUCCUGCUUUUGACAUUGAGCAUGAGCGUCGCAGGGAGAAGGACAAAAAACGGCCGAAGGCAAAAGUGACCGCUGGUGAUAUCUCUGCACCUACAGUGAACAAGGUUGUGCUGCCAAGACCCCAGAGUGCUGCUACACCUGCUGCAAAUGCGUCUCAGAACACCGCUGACUUGCUUGGACUUGAUAUUGAUUCAUCCGGAAGUGGACCAGUGCCAGAGGAAGACCCAUUUGAUGAGUUCCUAAGUGCUGCCCCGGUUGCAACUGCUGUUUCGGCAUCAUGUCCUGAGAAGGAAACAAGCCUCCUUGGCCAAACUGCAGAGCGACGCUGUGUACUCACCAAGGAGUCAAUCUUGUCCCUGUAUGGCACCUCACAGCCUCCAGCCUUCUCUGCACCUUCUGCUGGAGUGCCCAUGCAGGCUGCUGUCUACGGAAUGACACCUGGAGGUGGCUUUGCAACUCCGAACGUGUUUCUCCAAGGGCUUACAUCAGUGCCUGGAGGCAGCAUGCGUCUUCCUCAGCAGCAGCAGCAGUCGCACCUGGCAGCAAGCAGCAGUGACACGGGUGAGGGACAGCCAUUCCACAGCAACCCAUUCCUGAGUCCAGUGGCACAGCCAGCCAACAUACCCCAGCUGCAACAGCAGAUGGCUGGUCUGCAGCUCAGUUCCAGCAAUGCCUGGGGGGGGCACCCAGCUGCUGUGGGGCCAUGGUCCAGCAACCCAGCCCACCAGGGACACACGCUCUCCACCAACCUGUGGCACUGAGGAAGGUGCUUUGUAGGGAUGAAAAUUGGCUGCAUGGCUCCACUUCCUGACUAGGCCAUCUUGGAAGAAGUGAAUGAUGCCACAGAGCCUGAAACAUGGAAUGCCAUUAGCACGAAGCAUUUUGACCACUUGGUUAUUAUUUAUACCUGCUCGAUCUGAGGUGGAAAAAAGGCUGUGCCACAAUGCCUGUACCUAUAGUUUUUCAAGUCAUUUUUAAACCUUGCUUUUUUUUUAAAGAAAGUUCAGGACCAUGUGAUUGUACAGUGUUGCCUUGCAUCAAAGAAGUACCAUUGUUGUAAUUUAUUUUUUAAGACUAAAACUUAGCUUGCUGCUACUGAUAGCUUAUGUGGCAGCAUGAGGUCUGUAGGCUGCAAUUCUGUUUUAAUUCAAAAAAGACUGCUUUCUUACUUUUACGUACUCUUGCUAUUUUAGUAGGCACAUCUCCGGUGAAGGCGUUGCAAGACUAGUCUCCCUUCCGUUUAUUUCUGGCUGCUUUGAUAUUAUUUUGCUAGAGAGUGAAUCUUCAUGUUACCUUAGUUUUUGGUGCAUCUGACUAUUUUUUUUGGCAGGGAAUGGACAGGUGUAAGGCUUUUUUGUAAUGGCCCACUCAUGUGACUACGUCCCCAUGUUUUGUGCUUCAGGAAGACAGAGGAAAUGCUGAUGUAAAACACAAAUAUAUUUUAAAGAUUUUUUUAAAUAUGAGCUCCUUUUUCCAGUCCAGCUGGUGUUUUGAUGUGAAGCCAUCACUUUUGCCACUGUUCUGCAUGAAUAAAAAGUUGUAAUGGU